GCCCGCUUUCGCUUUGGCUCCGGUUCAGCCACUGGCGGUGGCACUGGUGGCGGCACUGGAGGUGGCCGCGAUGAGGAGGAGGAUGCGCAUCAGCGCUCCACCUUCUGGCAAGCUGCAGUCUGCCUGGUCACCUUCUUCGGCGUCCUCGUCACCGUCAGGCUCUAGCGGGCCGUCGUCAGCUGUGCCGCUGUCCUGGGCAGCGACUUUGCUGGGAACGGCUCUGAACAUUGGGCGCUCAUCAAGAUCAGGGGGUGAAAGUUGGAGAGGUCUCGGCUUGGCCUGCCUCGACAAUCUCGACCUUCUCGACUUUCUUGGACUCAGGUCAGCGCGUGCCUCAGCCUUGGCGGUUGCAUCGGCAGGUGGGGGGCCUGGAGGCCCUGAAGGAGCAGGAGCACUGGCCGGUGGCCCUGGUGGUCCUGAAGGAGCCCACAACCACAACAGCUCCGUCGGCCGCUUCGCCACGCUGGAUCCAUCGAAGUAGAUCUAGGACCAUGCAGUUGCCAGCCAGCUGACUGGCCCUGGCGGCGUCCCUGAUCUGAAUUGGUGAGACGCCCAUGGCCUGUGCAAUCCAUGGGCGGACUGGGAACCCAAACGCGGACAACUUUUCAGAGCUGCACAUCCAGCGCCUGUAAAAAGGAAAAAACAUUCGCCCA